AUGUCGCAAUUAAUCAAUCGCAUCCGCUUACCACGCGCUUUUCGCCCUCCAGCCCAAAUCAACGCAGAAGAAGGCACGAAUGGACACCCAGAAACGAAUCGCGGGAAGACGGCGCCCAAGGAAGCGGAGAAUGGCAACGGGAAACAGGAACAGUCUGAGAUGCAACCUGUGGGGUUCUGGCAUCCCGACCUGCGACAAGUACGCAACCGCGCAUUCGUAAAAUGGAUCAUCACGACGGCUUUCCUCAUGGCAUUCAUCCUCUGUGUGCUAUCGCUGUACUGGGCCGUAUUUUUCAAGGUUGAAAAUAGGCUGAGCCAUUUACUGGUGUAUGUCGUGGACAUGGAUGGAGCGGCGCCUUACGACAACACGGGAAACGCGCCAUUCGUUGGACCGACCAUCACGCAAUUAGUACAACAACAGCUGAGCAGCGGCCAGCCGACGUUGGGAUGGGGUGUUCGACCCGGUUCAGAUUUCAACAACGAUCCAUUAGAAGUCCGACAAGCUGUCUAUAACUGGGAUGCCUGGGCCGCCAUUGUCAUCAACCCCAACGCGAGCGCGCUGUUGUACUCUGCUAUCGCCAACGGGAAUACGAGUUACGAUCCCCUGGGAGCAUGCCAAUUGAUAUACCAAGACGCCAGAGACGACACGAACUGGUUUAAUUUCAUGUUCCCCAUUAUCAGCCAGUUCAUGACGCAGGCCCAGAGUAUGGUCGGACAGCAAUGGGCACAGAUGGCUAUGCAGAGGGCAAGCGACCCGGCAGUACUAUCAAACAUUCAGAACGUACCCCAGGCCAUCAACCCGGCGAUUGGCUUCUCUGAGUUCAACCUGCGGCCUUUCUAUCCAUACACCGGCAUUCCUGCCGUGUCCAUCGGACUCAUCUAUCUCAUCAUCAUAUCCUUCUUCAGCUUUUCCUUCUACAUGCCCAUCCACAUGCAAUACCUCAAGCCCGAAAACCACCCGCCUCUCAAGUUUAAGCAACUCAUCGUCUGGCGAUGGUGUGCUACGAUAUGCGCCUACUUCAUGCUUUCCCUCGCCUACUCCUUCGUUUCCAUGGCUUUCCAAAUCAACUUCUGGCAUACCAACUCCAUCACCAGCGAAACGCAGGUUACGAAUAUGAUGGAAGGCAAUCCGGUGGCAUAUGGAAGUGGCACGUUCGUCGUGUAUUGGAUGCUUAAUUUCUGCGGUAUGAUCGCGUUGGGUUUGGCGUGUGAGAACGUGGCUAUGAUAGUGGGUAUGCCGUGGAUGGGACUGUUCUUGAUCUUCUGGGUCAUUAGCAAUGUUUCAACUGCGUUUUACGAUAUCGAGAUCGCGCCUGGGUUCUAUAGAUGGGGAUACGCUUGGCCGCUGCAUUCAAUUGUCGAAGGCAGUCGAUCGAUACUGUUCGAUCUACAUUCCAGAAUAGGACUGGACUUCGGUAUUCUGCUUGCGUGGGGAGCAGUCAACACGCUGUUCUUCCCCUUCUGCUGCUGGUUUAUGAGAUGGAAAACACAACACAACAUCCAUGAAUAUUGGCCCCUCGACUAA